CCUUCUUUUUUGUAGUAUGAAUCUCUCUUUCGACUCAAAAUCCUAACACUCCAAAAUCAAAUCCACAUGCUGGUUAGGGUUUAGGGUUUACCAUUCCAAGAUCAAAAAACCCUAAAACACUCCAAAAUUGAAUCAAUGGAGAAGAUGAAGAAGAAGAAGAAAUCAGUGGCAAAUGAAGUUCAUUUAGCUUCUAUGGAGAACACGAACACUUUAGAUUCAGUGGAGAACAGUUUCAUUAACUUGCGUUCAGGUAAAAGAGUUCUCAAAAGGAAGAAAAAUGAAGAUGUUUGGUUAAUGGAGAAGAAAAAAUCAGUUGCAAAUGAAAGUGUGAGUACUGUCUAUAUACCUCAUGAUAUUCACUUCUCCAUUCUCUCAAAGUUGCCUCUUAAAUCUUUCAAGCGAUUUGAAUCCGUUCGUAAAUCAUGGUCUCUCUUGUAUGAAAAUAGUUUGUUCAUGAACAUGUUCCACAACAGUCUCUUAUCUAAUUCUUAUUACGAAGGAGCAUCUCUACUCCUUAGGGUUUUUGUUUUUGAUCUCCGUAGAUACGUUUUAUAUUCUCUUUCUGGUGAGAAUUUUGAGAAUAAGGUCAAAUUAGAUGCCCCAGAUUCAUUUCUGAACCAUAUUCGUCUUCGUAUCUUUGGUUUCGGUAGUAUUAAUGGCACAUUUUGUCUCCAUCAUUAUGAUAACAAAGGCCAAAUUUCAUUGUGGAAUCCAACUACCCAAUCAAUCAAGCUCCUUCCUCCUAGCGAGGUUGAGUCGGUUGGAUCAUCUAUCCCAGAUUUUGCUCAGGGUUUUGUUACGCUUUCUGUUAUGUCUUGUAUUCAUGGAUUUAGUUAUGACCAUGUUAUAAAUGACUAUAAGGUCAUUCGUUAUGUACGUAUUAUUGUACUUGCGUCAUUUGAAUACCCUGGUGAUGUUGAAGAUGUUAUGGACUUAUUGGCAGAUAUAUCUUUAGCGCCCUGGGAGAUAUAUAGCUCAAAAAGUAACUCAUGGAGAGAACUUGAUGUUGACAUGCCUUAUUCGUUAGACUGUAAUGCAGGAACCCAAGUCUAUAUGGAUGGUGUGUGUCAUUGGUUGUGUGAAAAACAUGAAGAAAAUCCCAUUGGACCAUGUUUGGUAUCAUUUUACUUGAGCAAUGAAGUGUUCGUCACAACACCCAUACCCUCAGACGUAGAUGAUUGUUUUGAUGUUAAAGAAAAUUGGAUAAACUUGGCAGUGUUGAAUGUGUCCAUUGCAUUGAUGUCAUAUCAUGAAGGCACAACUACUUUUCACAUAUCAAUUUUGGGUGAAUUUGGCAUAAAAGAAUCGUGGACCAAGAUCUUCAUUGUUGGACCAUUGUCUGGCGUUGAGCGUCCUAUUGGAGUGGGGACAAAAGGAGAAAUAUUCUUCCUAAGAAAAGAUGAAGAACUAGUUUGGCUUGAUUUAAGUACGCAAAGAAUUGCGGGGCUUGGUUACAAAGGAGUGGGUCAUACUAGUCGGAUAAUAAUAUACAAGGAUAACAUUCUUCCAAUUGGAGGAACAAGUAAGUAGUUUUCUUCCUGUUUUCACUGGGAGGAAAAUGAUUGCGGUCAUUGGGCUAUUACCUUGUAUUCAAAGUAGCCUGUCAAUUGUGCGUAUCACAAUUAUUGUCAAGUAAAUUAAGAAAUCAUUUGAUAUUCCUUUUUCAAUUUUAUUUUGCAAGUAUCUGGUACUUUCCUUCUAGCGCUUUGUUAGCUUUAUGGUGAAGAGGGUGAUCAUAACUGUAUCAUGUUUGUUAUGGUUUCUUGUAAUCUUUGUAUCUUUGUUUUAUAUCAAUGAAAAAAAUGAUCUUUUAGCUU